ACUCACAACUCCGCAACAUCGAACGAAGCAACGCUCUGACACACUCCAGCCGUUGUUCUGCGUGUCCUCGCCCGCCUUCUUGCUCGGUGCAAUAACAACGAGAACAAGUCGUCCGCCUGCCUCCGCACCUUCCUCUGCCUUCUCCUCCGUUGCGCCACGGCAACCAGGAUGAGUGGCAAACCCGAGUUCUACGAACUAUAUCGACGCAGCAGGUAACUACAUACCCUUUGCCAUCCCAACACCAGCAACUCCUUCUCAACCAGAAUUUCGAAGACGCGGUGCUUUGCGCAUCCUGUCUGUGCAUCUCGCUUGGCGAAGAUGGUCAUCCACAACUACACUAAGGCGGAGGUUGACGCUGCUUCAAAUUCACCAUGGGCUAAGAAUACCAGCAUCGGCACUGCGCUUACGGAUGCGCUCGACACUUUCAUUACUGAUGGCCGCAUGGAGCCGCAGGUCGCGCUCAAGGUGCUGGCCACCUUCGAUCGCGUUGUCGCGGAGGUGCUUGCCGAAAAGGUAAAAGCCAGACUCAGUUUCAAGGGCCACUUGGACACAUAUCGCUUCUGCGACGAAGUGUGGACGUUUAUUAUCAAAGACAUCACCUUCAAGCUGGAAAACUCGACAAACCUGCACUCGGAUAAGAUCAAGAUCGUCGCCAUGAACGCGAAGAAGCCUGGAGAGACCUAAGUAGCGGAUCGAACUGUCCUGGCUGUCGUCACGAUGUGAUCGAGACGCGACACACUCCAAGGGCAUAGGGCACACAUAUCUGUGAAAAGAGGGUCUCUCCCUGUGGCCUUCCACGGAUUGAGAGUGCCGGACUCGACGUUCUCUUGGUUCGACCGAGAUUUUAUCGACUUUCCCAAUCAGCUCGCGCGUUGAGAGACUGAUGAAUAAAGUUGAUAACCGAACCAAGCUGAGGUGGACAUCCCAGUUGAUCUACGCUUCAUCAUCGGGUGACACCUGGAGGAUGCGCAAGACUACGUUUGCCGGCCCCAUUCGCCACAAACAAUAAAGACAUUAUGGAUAAUACUAUUGCAUGUCAUUUCACAGGGACUCAAUGAGGCCAAGUACUCUCAUCUCAUGCUGCCUCGUUUCUCUGCACAAAUAGGUCUUAGUAUGUAUUAGAAUCAGCAUGAAAGAUUGCGUAUCUAGUUCGCUGCCGAACCGCA